AUGCGUAGAAUCCAAUUUGACUGUGUUCUAAAGACUCAUAAUGUUCUGGAAGAGCCGGACCUUGUGAUAGACUACGUGACCCGGGUUGGGCUGUCCCAUCAGCAGAAGGGGGAGCAGGUGAGAACUGACAGGAGCCAGGGCUCCUAUUGUAAUGUGUCCCUUCGCUCACCUGCCAGGGAUGUGCUGGGCUCAGCUGAGGCCCUGUCAUGGGGCCCACUGGCAGGGGUGGGGAGUCACUUGCUGUCCAGCCCUGUGCUGGGACAGUGGGAGAGCCCUGAGCUUGGCCAGCCGCGUGAUGAGAAGUUUGAUUUGGGUUUUUUCCACAGCUGCUUCAUAUGCCCUACCUACCCCACCCCCUCAGUAAAAGCUGGUAGCUUACUGUUUCCUCAAGAAGAAAGUAGACUUUUAAUGCUGUCAGUUUGA